AUGAAACAGUCACUUUUUCAGGACAUGAAAAGUUGUUCUCUCUCCAUAGGGCUGAAUUCCACGAUGUUGAGAAGAGUCGCUCACAGUGCAAAAGAUACAUUUACUCUUCUGUUGGGAAGAUCUCAGUACUGUAACCCGGGAUUGAAUUUUUCAUCAGCACGGACUGAAGUAGUGAACAGAAGCUUCCCAAUACAUUCCACUUACACAACUGAUACAAAAUCAAGAGAGGAAAAUAAAAAAACCAUUGAGAGUCUCUACAGAUUGUCAGUUGACAUUAAGAAAAUACGCAGACUAAAGGAAUGGGUCCUUCUCCAGGAUGUGGCCUAUGUUAAAGAAAUUGCUGGUAUCUUAAAAGAAAUGGGAGCAGAGGAGGCUGCUGUAGCCAACAUUUUAGAACGCUGCCCAGAGGCAAUUCUCCAUACCCCUGCAGAGAUAAACUCUCAAAGAGCUCUAUGGCAAUUAGUCUGCCAGAACGAAAAACAGUUGAUUAAAUUAAUAGAGCAAUUUCCAGAGUCUUUUUUUACUACUGAAUAUCAUGAGAACCAGAAGGCAAACAUACUGUUUUUUCAAGAGUUGGGACUUAAGAAUAAUAUAAUCACCAGGUUCUUGACAAGCGCACCCAGUAUUUUUUAUAAUCCUGUGGAGAAAAACAAAAACGUCAUAGAGACAUUACAAAGAAAUUACUUAAGUUUAGGAGGUUCUGAUGCAAAUAUGAAGAUCUGGAUGCUGAAGCUAUUAAGCCAAAAUCCAUUUAUUUUAUUAAAUACCUCCACCGCAAUCCAGGAGAACUUGGAAUUUCUCCAGAAGAAUGAUUUCACUGACCAUGAAGUUCUACUGCUGCUGUCCAAACUUAAAGGUUUCAUUUUUCAACUUACUUCUACUACUAUGCAGAAGAGUAUGCUUUUUUCCAAAAAUGUCUUUAAGUGCAGUGAUCAAGAAUUAAAACAGCUAGUGCUGAAAUGCCCAGCCCUUCUCUACUACUCCGUUCCAGUUUUGGAAGAAAGACUUGAAGGACUACUGAAGGAAGGAAUUUCUGUAGCGCAGAUUAGAGAGACACCAAUGGUGCUGGAGUUGACAACGCAAAUUGUUCAGUACCGUAUUCAAAAACUCUGUGCUUUGGGUUAUGAUAUAAAGAGUGGAACUCUAGAAAGCUUGAAUGGUACUAAGAAAGAUUUUGAAGUCAAUUAUGGUAAGAUACAAUCGAAGAAGGAGAGACCAAUUUUUAACCCUGUUGCUCCUAUACACAUUGAAGACUAA